CCGCGCGCGACCGAUUGCUUUUUUAACUGCGCGCUGGACUAGGGUUCAGCCCAUCAAAAGGGACUUCCCACGGUUGGAACGCCAGGUUUUCAACAUGUCCACCAACAACACAAGUACGGGCGUCUCAAGUCCGGAGGCAACAACAGCCCCUGGGGCUCCUGCUGACCCGAAUACAGCAACGGUCAACGAGCCUACCACGGCCGGGCCGACCACUAUAAUCAGCAGCACUUCAGUGCCUUCAGUGCAGCCUCCUGUUAGUACGACUUCCUCGGCUUUGCCGACUACUCCUUCCUCAUCCUCGUCUAUACCACAACCGCCACCGCCAUCAUCGACGCCCCCUACCUCGACGACGCAACAGCAGCCGCCACCACCAAGUUCUACCACAGCUGUGCCACCGUCAACAACAUCGACACCGCCUACCACUACGCAGCAGCCGAGCACGAGAACCUUUACCAGCGUUCAAAUCAUCACGACUGAAGGGGAAACACGAACCAAGAUUACGCAGAUCAUUACUACCGAGACAGUAGUACCCUCCGCGGAGCCUACUACCUCCGGUCCUUCUACUACCACAGCGGCCGGUGCCAUUGAUCCUACCAAGGGCGCUUCCUCUGGCGGUGGUGGAUUGGGCAGCGGUGGGAAGAUUGCCAUUGCGGUAGUGGUGCCCAUUGUUGCCGUUGCCCUAUUGGUAUUGGCGGGUAUCUUCCUCUGGAGAAAGCGGAAGCAAAGGAGGGAUGCCGAGGAACAGAGGCGAAGGGAGGUGGAGGACUAUGGCUACAACCCCAAUGUCGACCCUACGAUACCUGCCGUUGCCGGCGGUGGUGCUGCUGGAGCGUACGAGAUGAGGGAGGAUGGAACGUCCGGGUAUAGGGGCUGGGGCUCUACGACUCUCGCGAGUUCGGCUGGGAGGAAGGCUUCAACGACCAUUUCAGGCGGCAUGCCUGGCGUUGCCUAUUCCGACGCCACAUCGCCGACCCGGGGAACUGUAUCCGACGCACGAUCUGGCGAGCCGUUGAUUGAACCACCUUCGCCCGAAGGCGAGAUUCUGGGAGUAAUGGGACCCUCAGCCGGUGACAACCAAGACGCCAAUGUUCACCGAGGUCCCUCAAACGCCUCGUCUCAUUAUAGCACAGCUGCCCGCUCUGACGAGUCCGGCGAAGCCCCUAUCGGAGUUGCCUAUGGAGGAAGACACAGUUACUACGGUGAGCCGCAGUACGGUACCGCCAACGCAUACAACGGCGCCGAGGGUGCCUAUAACGGACCAGUUGCCCCGAACAACUUUGCUCCUCCCCCAGGACCUCCGGUCAUUCGAGAUGUCGUGGCGAGGAGGAACACUCGCAUCGAGAAUUCCGCUCACUACCCUCAGCAGACGGCAGGCAUCUCGCAGAACUUUUAAAGGAGAAGAACUAGUUGUUGACGGUCGUCGUUGGUUAUCUCUUUUUUGACCGCUAUAUAUCAUGGUCCACACGUCGUUUUUUUCCGCACACAGGAUACCCAUUUUCAUUGUUCGAGCUGCGCGUUCUUUGUUUUUCGCUCGGCAGGGACGUUCGCUGGUGCUUUUUGGUUACCCAUAUACGCCUUUGCUUUUGGCGAUAGCCGCGUCAGUGGAGGGGGUCUUUGGUUGCAGUUUCGUGGUUUCUGGUCCUCCCACCAUUCUCCUAUUCUAGUCAAACGCCAACGGCAGGAGGUGGUGGUUCUGAUCUCAGAUACGACAACGCGUAA